UGCACACUUUAGGAGGAAGGAGAGAUAAGUAGAUAAUAUAAUUGGAACAUACUGUAGCUCUUGUCAACGACCGCAGCAAGUGACAUCAGAUUGGAGGAGCCGUUUGAAACCACAAGGCCCAAGUGAUGGUGUUUCACUCAUAUCUUUAUCUCUGCUCCAACUGAAUACAAUUAUCUUCAGGUUCAAUAGAGGACACAUCAGAAUCAUCAUAGAAAUGUCUCUAGUAUCUGUUGUCAUUGUUUACUUACUUUAUUUAAUGGCAGUGGCGGGGCAGAAAUUGGACCAGGAGAUAUCAUGGACUAAGAAAAAGGGAGAGGUUGUCUCCUUCAGCUGCAAAAACAAUGAUCAGUGUGGAACGUAUGUCUUCUGGUACCAGAAGAAGGAGGGAGAACCUUUUACCUUGAUUCUCGACAUUGAAAAGGAUAACUGUGCUGUCGAUGCAAGUUACAACCAUCCUCAAAAAGAUGACUUCUCAGCAACAAGUAUGAAUAACAACUGUGAACUAAAAAUCCAGUCUGUUAAAGUCUCCCAUUCUGCCACCUACUACUGUGCCUGCUGGAACCCACAAUAUGAUACAAAUCAUACUUCAGUAAAGUGGCUGCUUCAGGACAGUUGCUGCAACAGGACCAGAUAUCAGAGACCAGAUUGCAGGAAAAAGCAAAUGCAAAACUCUUCAAUUUACGGACAGGGCCCUGCAAAGACACAAUGCAGACUACUUUUUGUCAAGGGAAUAUUCACUGUGUAUGGAUUUGUAUUUGGCUCUGGCACAAGACUUUAUGUGACAGACGACAAGCAUGUACAAAAACCCAAAGUGACGGUCUACCCAGCGUCCAACCCUGAGCCGAAUGGGAAGAUCACCCUGCUAUGUCUGGCUAGAGACAUGUUUCCAGACUUAGUCAAGAUCUCAUGGAAGAUGGAGGAUGAAUACAGCAGAACAAUGGAGGUGGCCAAAGCAGAGAGGGAAGAGCUGGAGCAGAGGGAGGAAGGACAGACGACCAGUAUGAUCAUCAUUGAUAAAGAGAAGAUGUACAGGAACAAAUACAUCUGUUCUGUGGAGCAUGAAUGGGGCAUUCAAGAUGUUGACAUACCAAGGGAUUCCUUCCCCUUCAUGUGCAGUCUGAACCUGGCCUCUCUGGUUUAUACAGUGAUGAUAGUGAAGAGCAUGGUGUACUGCUGUGGGCUCUCUCUCCUGCUGCACCAUAGGAACAUGGGGAAGUGGACACAACACCUGUAGAAAGGAUACCCCCCAGUAUGGAUAAAGAUGUAGUAGGCUGGGAAUAACAUGGAUUUUACAUCCUAUUGAGGUCUAACAUCUCAAUUGUUGGCCUAUUGCCUUAAUUUUUUAAACUUUAUUUUUCAGAUGCUAAAACAUUGUGAGCCAUAGAUUUCCAUGUCUUCAGAUAACUUAAAUUGACAAUUAUGACAUUAAUUGCAGAACAUUUCAUGUAAAUUGUGUUUCAUUGCUUAAAAUAAAAAUUAAGCCUAAUAUUGCAUUUUUUUAUAACUGUGGGGGCUACCCACUGCAGAACCUUGAAUAAAGGUUAAGUUAAGGUUGUCUGAAAAAUACUUAAAGCAAAACUUGAAGAUAGAUCCUGACUAUUCAAAUGUAGACUGUUUUAUGAAGGUUUCCCUUGAGUAUCUGUCAUAUAACUUAAAUUAUUUUGUACAAAAUCUGAAAUUGAUUUACACAAAAAUAUUUUACCUAAAUAUUACCUAAAUAUUAUAUUUACCAAUACAUUAUUAAAUAUGUAGGCUCAUGAUUUUCAAAUAUCCUAUGUCUCAUUAGCCAAUAUAAUAUUUCGUAACUUAUUGUGUGUAAUGAAGUGCAUUCCCCCCCCCCCCCCCAAUAAA